AGAGAGAGACAGACGGAGAGAGAGAGAGAGACAGAGAGAGAGAGAGAGAGAGAGAGAGAGAUAGAAAGAGGGACAUCGCCGUAUAUAUCGAGCGCGUGCUCAUCACACGCAUGAAUAAAUGUAUCGAUGAGUGAUUGACGUGCGCGUCAGUGAGAAAAAAAGCCAUCAAGUUAAAGACAAAGUAGUUUAGUGUGUGUGUGUGUCUGUGUGUGUGUGUGUGUGUGUGUGUGUGAGAGUGUGUGUGUGUGUGCGUGUAUGUGUUUGUGUGUGUUUGUGUGUGUGUGUGUGAGAGAGUGUGUCUGUGUGUGAGAGAGUGUGUGUUUGUGUGUGUGUGUGUGUGUGUGAGAGUGUGUGUGUGUGUGCGUGUAUGUGUUUGUGUGUGUUUGUGUGUGUGUGUGAGAGAGUGUGUGUGUGUGUAUGUGUGUGUGUGUGAGAGUGUGUCUGUGUGUGAGAGAGUGUGUGUAUGUGUGUGUGUGUGAGAGUGUGUGUGUGUGUGUGAGAGUGUGUCUGUGUGUGAGAGAGUGUGUGUAUGUGUGUGUGUGUGAGAGUGUGUGUGUGUGUGUGAGUGUGUGUGUGUGUCCCCUCCCUGUCAGACCACAGACGCUCCUCGCAGCUCAGAUGUGUCGGGGACGCGGAGCGGGUGCUCGCUGCGACGCUCCAACAAAACAAGUAAAAACAGACAAAGUCCGGGACUCGGACAAAACCCUGUUUUCCGUCAGAGUGCAGUGGGUCUGGUCCGGGUCUGGUCCGGGUCUGGUCCGGGUCUGAACCGGGAUUAAGUGUUUGUGCUGGUUGUCAGGAGCGGGAGGAGCCGCGGAGCCGGAACGAGGAGCCGGAUCGAGGAGCCUCCAUGCGGACUGGACUCUGAUCAAUGAACCGGAUCAUGGCGGAGAGUCCCCGCUGCAAGAGGCGCAAACAGGCCAACCCCCGGAGGAAGAGCGUAUCGAACUAUGAGAAUGUGGGGGAGACGGGUUCAGAGACGGACGAGGACGACAGGACGCUGGUUGCUGAAGACAAUGGAGGAGGAUUGGGGGACGAGGAGGAGGAGGGCAGUCCUCCCGGUGGGCCCCCUCUGGAUUCAUACCAGGACCAGGAGGGUCAACCAAACCAACGCCACAGCUGUGGACUCAGAGACACCAACGUACAUGUGAACAGCACCGUCUCAGACGACAGGAAGGCCGAGUGUGAACGAACCGGACUGCAGGUGUCACUGCAAACUGUCAGAAACAACACAGUGAGGCGACUGGAAGUCUCCCAACUGGAGGAGUACUUCCUGAAACGUAAACUGGAGGAAGCUCACCCUGCGUCCAUCGCAGAGUACCUGCAACGCAGCGACACCGCCAUCAUCUACCCUGAGGCCCCGGAGGAGCUGAGGAGGCCGGGAACACCCGAGGCCGUGAGUCCGGACGAGAGCGAACAAGACCUGUCGCCCGGCACAACUGACGACUUUGCCCAGCUGCUCACCUGUCCGUACUGCGACCGCGGCUACAAACGCCUGACGUCUCUGAGGGAACACAUCAAAUAUCGACACGAGAAGAACGAGGAGAGCUUCGCUUGCCCGUUGUGCAGCGACACCUUCGGCCACCGCACGCAGCUGGAGCGUCACAUGACCUCGCACAAAGCCCCAAGAGACCAGCCGCUCAGCGAAGAAGCUGGAAACCGAAAGUUUAAAUGCAGUGAAUGUGGAAAAGCCUUCAAGUACAAGCAUCACCUGAAGGAGCACCUUCGUAUUCACAGCGGCGAGAAGCCGUAUGAGUGCUCCAACUGUAAGAAGAGGUUCUCCCACUCCGGCUCCUACAGUUCCCACAUCAGCAGCAAGAAAUGCAUCGGCCUGAUCACCGUCAAUGGACGAUUACGCAACGGAAACAACAACAAGCCCGGCUCCUCCCCCAACUCCACAACCUCAUCGCCAGAGAGCCCCGCCCUAGCCCAGCUCCGCCACACACUGGAAAAUGGCAGACCAGUUGGUGGUCCAGAUCAGCAGGUUCAGCUCGACAUCAAAGCCGAGCCGAUGGACUUCAACGAGUACCGGCUGCUCAUGGCCUCGCAGCACGGGUACGGGGGAUCUGGGGUUCAUCUCAACAGCUGUGGAGGAAGUCCUAUCGAGAUAUGCAACUCCUCUCAAAGCCCCCUUCAACACCUGGGAGGCAUGGGACUUGAGCUCCCCCUUCUGGGCUACACAGGGCCUCUGGGUAACAACCUCAGUGAAGUUCAAAGGGUGCUUCAAAUCAUGGACAGCACGGUGUGCAGGCAGAAGAUGGAUGGCAACCCAGAGGAGAUCUCUAAGCUCAGGGCCUACAUGAAAGAGCUUUGUGACCAGAUGGAGGAGCAGAAGCAGGUCCAGGCCGGCUUCCAGGUAUUGGGCCACAGCAGCCCAACAAAGAGCAUCAUUGACUUCACGCUGGAGAAGGUCAACGAGGCAAAAAGUCUGAUUGAUGAUUCAAAGAGGCAAGUGGGCAUUAAGAAGGAGAAACCAAACCAAUCAAUGGAUCUCAGUGGAGAGGAGAAAUUCCCCCAUGGCCAGAACCAGUUCCUGCCUUUCUCCUGCCAGUACUGCAAAGAGACGUUUCCUGGUCCCAUCCCGCUGCAUCAACACGAGCGCUACCUGUGCAAAAUGAACGAGGAGAUCAGAGCCGUCCUGCAGCCGACCGAGAGCAGUUCUGUGGCUCGCAGGGGAGCGAGGACCUCUGUGCUGCCCUCUAAUGAGCGGGCGACCAGCCCCAUCAACCCCUUCAAAGACCACGUGUCUGUGCUCAAGGCCUACUUUGCUAUGAACACUGAGCCCAACUCAGAGGAACUGCUCAAAAUUUCGAUUGCUGUUGGUCUUCCUCAAGAGUUUGUAAUGGAGUGGUUUGGCCAGUGGAAGAGUCAAAACCACCACCGAGGCAGUCUGAUGAAGAAGUCGCCCCCUCAUGAUUGCAGUGGAUCAGACAAGAAGCACAGCUUGAGCAAGUCACCAAGGUCCUUUCCUGUCUUAGAUUUAACUGGAGGCUUCGCUAACGGCAGUGCCAACCACAGACUCACAAAAGGGAACAAGUUUACAGCCAACAGGCAGACAGCAGGGGACAAACCAUCAGACCCCUUGGACCACUUGAGGAGCAACACUCCAUCACCUCUCAACCUUUCCUCUACUUCCUCCAAAAACUCUCAGAAUAGCUCUUACACUCCAAACGGCCUAGCUUCAGAGGAUGCCCAUGGGGAUAUACCACUAGACCUGUCGCUGCCCAAACACAUGGCCCAGAGGCUUGCCACUCUCGGAGAGAAGCGACCCAGACAGAACGGUUUCAUGAUCGCGCACAGCGGACAUGCCAAAGAACGAGAGCAAGGGUCCAGUUCUUUAGACCUGGUCAACAUCAAGAAAGAAGUACUGGGCUCUGAAAGUGGAGGGACCUCUGUCCACCAGCUGGAGAAAAGCACCAGUCCAAUCUUUGGGAUUAAUCCCUUCGCAGGCGCUUCUGUCUACACCUCCCUGCCACCACAUGGAGCUUUUCCUCCACCCACCUAUAUGUCUUCUGCCCAGGCCACCAUCCCAGGCCUCAGACCCUACCCCGCCCUUGACCCCAUGAGCUUCCUGCCCCACAUGGCCUAUACGUAUGCAACUGGAGCAGCCACGUUUGCUGAAAUGCAGCACAGGAGAAAGUAUCAACAGAAACCAUGUUUUCAGGAGGAGCUGCUGGACGGGACGGUGGGAUAUCUGUCGGGUCUGGACGACCUGACAGACAGCGAUUCACUGCUGUGCAGGAAGAAGAUGAAGAAGACUGAAAGUGGUAUGUACGCGUGUGACUUGUGCGACAAAACUUUCCAGAAGACCAGUUCCCUCCUAAGACACAAAUAUGAGCACACAGGAAAACGCCCUCACCAGUGUCAGAUCUGUAAAAAAGCCUUCAAACACAAGCACCAUCUCAUCGAACACUCACGCCUGCACUCCGGAGAGAAGCCCUACCAGUGUGACAAGUGCGGCAAACGCUUCUCACACUCGGGUUCGUACUCGCAGCACAUGAACCAUCGCUACUCAUACUGCAAGAGGGAGGCAGAGGAGCGUGAGGCGGCAGAGAGGGAGGCGCGGGAAAAGGGCGGAGGAGGAGGCAUGGUGGUGGGAGGUGUAGAGACCACAGAGCUGCUGAUGAGGAGGGCCUACCUGCAGGGACUGGGGACACUUGGAUAUUCAGACCUUGAAGAACAGCAGGAGGACGGCGGCUGCGAUCUGAUCCUGAGGAAUGGCACCGAGGGACGAGGAGGAGGGGAGCUGAGGGAAGUGGACAGGAAGACGUACGAGGAGGUGAUAGAACGACAGGAAGCAAGUUUCAGGGAAAGAGAAGAAGAGGAGGAUGAAAGCGACAGCAGGAGCCUGGUGCACUCGACGAAGGACGAGGAUCGUAAAGACGCGGCGCAGCCGAUGGACGAGAGUUCACGAGAAGAGAAGACAGACAAGCAGACCGAGCAGAACGACUGAUCUAGGAAAAAAUAGCUUUGGAACAUUUGUGUUGAAAUGAUUCAUUAAAGAGGCUGUGCAGACAUUGUCAGUGGGUUUUAUGAAAUUUAUUAGGAAAUAAAUACGUUAUAUUCAUACAAAGUUUUUUAGACUGUUAUAUAUACACAAUUUUUAUGUUAUAAUUGUUAAAUAUGGAUCAACUAUAAAACUAAAAAUGUUCUCUUUUAAUCUGAUCAACGGUACCCCUCUGGAUCUCGUCUGUUUGUGGAUUGUGAAAAGGACCUGAAGAGAAAACUAGUAAAAGACAAAUCUACAACACAGAGGAGAAAAAACGUUUCAUCAUCAAUCAAUUAUCAAUAUAUAUGAAUAGCCUCAAACACAAUUAAUCUCAGGCAGGUAAACUACAUGUGAGGAGCUGAAUAAAAGACUGAAACAGUUUACUCCUCAUGAAAAAAGACCACGGUCAUUAUUAGAUGUUAACUGGGGGGGGGGCGGGGCUGCAUAAUCUCUGUACAGUCUCUGAACACAUUGUUUAAAACUCCACAUUAUGCAAAAAAUAGAUAAAGAAGUGAUGAUGUUUGUUUUCAAAGCCUAAAAGCUGCGUGGUGCUAACAUGUUCUUCACUUCCUGUGAAAAACUCACAUCUGGAAAUGAACUGAACUCGACUUCCGGGAUCACUACAAGAUAAAAGUGGAAAGAGUUGUGGUCCCGUCAGUAUUAUUGUUGUAUUUCUGUCUUUUUAUUUACUGUGAUGCUUUUUUAUCCUCUUUUAUUAUUUUUCACUACUAACUUUGGGCCUCUAGAUGUUUUCUAUAUGUGAAGGAACAUUUAAACCUGAGUGAUUGUUGAUGUGAGUCUUAAAGAUGGAGGAGGCGCAGGAAAAUGAAAGUGCUCCAUUCGAGAAAAGGAAAUAAAAAGGAGAAAAGCCUUAUAUGCAAACCUGUUCCCUGUUUCUGCAAAGUGCCACCCCUGUACAGUGUGAACUCCUCCACUGGCUUCAGUAUUAAAACUGGAGAAUAUUCAUCCUGGUUCUGGUCCGUCACUACUAGAGAAGUAGAUGGAGCUUGGUUAGUUAACAUAUGUUUGUGCAAUUCUCUGUAUUUUUCCCUGGUUUUGUUCCACAACAGUAUUUCUGUCAGUAUUAUAUUUUAGUUUUUAUGGAAUUUUUCAAGACAAAUUUCUUCGCACGUCCAUCUGAUGGAACAGCUGCGUAGGAGAGGGAAGAGCUCAGAAACUCGCCCACUGUGCACACCAGUGAUUGAUUCUGCUGCGACGCUACCGGACCUUCAUCAGGCAGGUGGAGGAAGUUGGACAGUGGGCUGGAGCUGUUUUGCAGUUUUUUAUUUGAGAAUUUACCAUUUUAUUUAUGUGACUCAUUUUAUAUUUCCUCAUUUUAUUUAUUUUAUACUGUAGUGUACAGUAUUUCAGUUCCUCACAAAUAGAUAUAUUUUAGUAAAAUGUUUCUGUCAUUGACUAUUGGAACAAAAUUAUGAUUACAGAUCUUUACAGAAAAUUGUAUUUGUUUAUUUUUUCUUUUUUUUUUAAACCACUAAAAAUCCUAAAUUCGAGGAACGUUUGAUACGACUAUUGUUGAAACACUGUAUUUUUAAAGUUAAAUCCACCUCAUCCCACUGAAGAGGGGACGAAGGACUGGUGAUGAUGAUGAUGGGGAAGGAAGUUCUAAAAUGUAAAAGUAUUAAAUGUCUGAAGUAUUAUUAUUGAAGUUUUAAUGUCUCUUGGAAAUGAACAAGAAUAAAUGUAGCCAAGUUAAAUUUUAAUAAAGUUGUGUUUUUCAAGGA